AUGGAAGUCAUCCUUGAGCAAGACUCCACUACGAUAGGCUUUGAGCUCGAAGAGCUGGAACGCAAAAUCGACUCGGUUCGGGCUGAAUUGCUCGAUGCACCAGACGAAGAACAUGACGCUGAGCCAUUCCCCUCGCCUCCCGCCCAGUCUGAGCCCUUUCCUCCGCCUGCAGAUUCCCAAGUGACCCUCGUCAGCUCGCAAAAGACCUCUCGCCUCUCCCAGCUUCGCUCAAAGUUCCGCUUCAACCGCAAAAGCUCCGCGAACAGGUCGUCCUCCGUGCGGAACAGCCCCGAUAACGAAGCGAAACACCUUUGCUCGGAGAGUAGCAGUCUCGACUCAAGCAUCACCCUCUUUGACGUCCCCGUGCUCCCCUCCCAGCCUUCGCCCGAGCGUCAGCCAGAAGACGCUCGAUAUCUCGCCCUUCUCGCUCCACUCGUCGCUACCAUCCAGCGCCUCAGCCCUGUCGUCCGAACGAUCGCCGAAAAGGACAUCCGCACCGCCUUCUUGCAGCGAUGUGAAGAACUCACAGAUCUGCUAAUGGAAUUGAAGAAGGAGGCGCUCUUUUCCCCUCCGGCUUACGACGCCAGUGGCUUCCCCGCCGAUGCCGAUGAUGAUGAUAUGCGCGUACUUCUUCUCACUGCGCUCCAUCGCAAGGUCCUGCUCGAGUCUUCCCGAUGCGCCGCUCCCGUAUCGGCUGGAACGGGUUCGCUUGCGGUCAAAGCAGACGCCUUCAACCCCUUCGUCUUCCACUCCACCACCCGGACUGUCUCGAGCGGUACAGCGUUGCGCACUCCGUCGCCACCCAAGGCUAUUGCGCCGGCCUUGCGAGUCACAGAAGGGGAGUUCUCCAACUUCAUGGGACAUUCGCAGCAGACCUGGCGGGCGAAUGUCCAUAGGUUGGGGUCGUUCCAGGCUUCGGCGCUGUUCUCGCCUAGUCCGAUUGCAGUCAAUAGGGCGGUCAGGGUUGGAGCGGUGAGACUGUAG